CCCUAAAGAGACAGUUGACCUCCCUGUCAAUGGAGAACUUGAUAGCUGUCAAAAUGAAAAGUGGCAUUUUCCCCAUAUCUCCUAUGAGGCCAGCACCAGAGUCCAGGUGGACAGAAGCGAAAACCCACCCCGCCAGGCUUUUCAUGGGGGGGCGGGGGGGUCUCCCUUGUCUCCCACCACAUUCAGAUUUCAAUGUAGAAGCCUCUACCACGUCCCAGGAGGCCCUGGGCGAUCUGCCACUCCCACUUGCCCACUUGGCCUCCAGCUGCUCUCCACUAGCUCACUAGGGCCACACGAGCCACAGCAGACCGCUUGGCCAUAUAUUUUGGGCAUGCGCCUCACUCAGCCCCACUGCGGGGGCUUCGCACUCAUUGUCCUUCUGUCUGGCAUGUCCCCCACUCCACACUCCCCACCCCACAGAACUGCAGGGCUGUCUUCCUUCACGUCACUGGGGGCCUCUCCACAUCUCAAGAGGCACCUUCUACCCUUUCAUUCUUCAGCCCCUUGCUUCACUUUAUUUCCCUUCCUGGCGUUUCCUGCCACCAGCACUGACAUCAUGAAUCUUUGUUUAGUGUCCAUCUCUCCCACCCAGAAUGCAAGCCCUGCAAGGGUUUCUUACAGAGCCUGGGACACGGCGCACACUCGGUGAGCGCUGACCCAUAGCAGCAGAGACACAGUGGCGACGCCCGCGCCCCUCCUUCUGCCUUAGACAGACAGGCAUCUGCCCUCUCCGGCUCAAUCUUUCUUUCCUUCUGCAGAGGGAAGCCUGGAGCCACAGGUCGAGGACCUGAUUAACCGGAUUAAUGAGCUUCAGCAAGCAAAGAAGAAAUCCGGCGAGGAACUGGGAGAAGCCCAAGCUCUCUGGGAGGCCCUGCGUAGGGACCUGGACUCCUGUAAGUGGGACCAGAAGAGGGACCCAGAGAUCUCAUGACCAGUGCUGACGUUCCCGUGCGCACCUCAGGGUCUUUGCAAGGCCUGUUCCCUCCACCUGCGAGGCGCUCGUCCUACAUAAUCCGCAUUGCCUCGUGCUAUCUCGAGUUGCCUUUCAGCUCUCAGCUGAAACUUCACCCCAACAGGUCCACCUUGACGGCCCCCUCUAAAAAUAGAAUACCACCUUCUCUCACUCCCCGGCUUGAUUUAUUUCUUCACAGCCUUUAUUUCUACUUGACAUGGUGUACUUUUGUAUUUCUCAUCAUCUCUACCCUCAGUAUAAACCAUAGGCAUCCUACACAAGGGAACCCUGCAGUCCUUCACCCCUUCGGCAGUUACAGGGAAUGUGCGCCCCGAGCGGGAGAAGCUGCAUCAGGAUGGUCCCCAGCGGGAGACGGGUGCACGGUUGUGAAUGGAGAGAAAGUGCACCUGGAAGAGGUUUUGAGCAAAAAGCAAGAGGCACUGAGGACCCUCCAGCUGCACUGCCAAAGGAAGGGAAGUGAGGCUCAGAGGAAGUACAUGUUGGCGGAGCACAUGGAGCACAUUUCUCUCCAUAACUCUCCGAUCACAGAGAGUCAAGGACAGAGGAAGCCGGGGUUGCACGUGGAAGAACGGCUGGAGGAUUUGACAGGCCAGCACAAGGACCCCUGGGAAUUCCACAUGCUGAAGCAGCGACUGGCCUGGGAGAUCCGUGCCCUGCAGAGCAGCAAGGAGCAGCUGCUCACCGAAGAGAGGCAGGCGCGGGCCAAGCUGGAGACGGUGGAGCGGCGGCUGUGCUCGCCGCCCGAGGUCCAGAGCGCCCCGGCAGAGAAAGACGGGCUGAAGGCGGAGCUGGAGAAACUCGGGGGGCAGGUCCCCGCCCAGAACCAGACCACCCCAGAGGACCGGGCCGGAGAGGUAGAGAGCCCGGGAUGGAGGCCAGACGGGCCGAGACAGAGCGGGCGGGAUGUCCCCGGAGCCCCUCUGAGAGGGGGGGGUGCGGGUGCAGGGCGUCCUCGGGGGGGGGCGGGGACAAGGAAAGGGCGGCGCGGGCCAGCGUGGGCGGGCGCCAGGGCCCCAAAGGCUGACUCCCAGCCCCCGCAGGCCGGCCCCCAGCUCCCCAGCGAGGGCGACCUGGCGCCGCCGGCGGAGCUGGCCCUGACGCCCCCCUAGGCCAGUAGGACCCACCCGGCCCCACCUUCUUUCAAGGCCCACCCGGAAAUAAAGGCGACGUUUGCGGACCAUCCUCCAACUCCCCGGCUGAGUCUGUGCCACAGGAGCCAUUGGGGCUGGGGGUCGUGCCCUUCCUCUCUCCGGGAGAAGGGGGAGUGGUUCAGGAAGUCUGGGCGGGGCCUCGCCGCACUCCGCCCACCAGUCCCCUGGCCGGCUCAGGCCGCAGGAGCUCAGUAAACGCUCCCGACAGCUCAGUGACUGGGUGGGUGUCAAGGCCGCUCCAUCUCCACGGCCUCAUCUCGGGUUCCUGAACCGUCUGUUUUAACAGUAAGGGCUCGAAGGGACGUGUUAGAAACCCGCUGCAGGUCCUGUCGGUCUCCUGUGGUUCAGAGUAAAAUUCCAGCCUCCCAGAGUCCCUGCAUUACCCGCAGACUCUCUCGGACCUGCUCGCCUACCUGGCCUCGCCUCUCACACCCUCACACGUUUGCUUCAAGCCACACAGCUGAUUUUCCACCCUUCUCCAAGCACCGUGUCAUCUCAGGGCCUUUGCCCUGCUGUGUCGUCAUCUGGGGUGCCCUUACCCCAGUCUCCUCGGACUGCAGGGCUGUUAAGGAUGUCAGCUGCUCAGGAGGCUGGCCUGGGGGACCCAGUUCCAAAGGGCACCUUGCCACCCGCUAAGCAUGUGUGGGUUAAACAAGCAUUUGCUGAAUGUCUGCUUGUGUACCAGGCACUAUUGUAGGCCCCCCGGAUUUUAAGUAGCAGGGUCAGCGAGGAUCUCAUUGAAGUAGUGGUGCCUGAGCAGGGAGGUGAGGGGGCAGGCGAGGGAGUGAGCCCUGUAGGUGUCUGGGCGAAGGUGCACUGGGCAGAGGGGAUGGCGCCUGCAAGGGCUGUGGAGGGGACUGCGUUUGUCGAGUGUGAGGAGCAUCUGGAGGAGGCCAGUGGGGUGGAGCAGAGUGGGGUGACGAGGCACGGGAUAGAAUGUUGGUCCUGGAAGGGGGACCCCUUCCAGGACCCGAGAGUGGGCUCUUGUCCAACACUCGGAAAUGAAUUGUCCGAGGAGACACACG